AGGCUGCAGUAGAGCUCCGCAGUACCGUGGAGUACGCCGAAGUACACGCGCCAACGAUAAUUUCGUUUUUUUCCUGCGAUUUUUCGUUUUACUGUUGCGCCCGUUUCUGCGAUUUCGUUUUGCGGUUAUUUCGGUCGAGCCGGGCUUUAAGAAGCGCUUAAUGAAUGGAUUUAUUGUGGUUUUUGUGCUUUUCGGUUUUAAAAUAGUGUGAUUUUGUUUUUAAGGGCAAACCGACCGCCUAAUCCAGAGGAAAUCCAGAAAAAUGCCCGAAAUCGCUCCGCAAUCGAUCGCAUAAUUCUCACAUCCCUAUAACGACCGACGAGAGAAAUCCAGUCAGCUUUUGUAAAAAAUGGCAACGAUUUGUUUCCGUCCUCCGCCUCUACCCCCGAAUAAAAAAUCGAACGCGACGACUUCCCGCGGUAAUAACAAAAAAGGGCAGCAACAACAACAACAAACUUUUAACAAUACUUCUCCCCUGUCGUCGACUUAUUUGAGUUUCCGCGAUCCCUCCGAGGACUUUGUUGUGUCAGUUGAUAAUAUCGAACUGAAAUACUUCGAAAAGAGGGCGAAACGUGGACGCAGGGUGUCACACACUAACUCCCUUAAUCGCGGAAGAGGGUGUAAGACCGUGUUGACUAGGAGUCACUCCGAAGGAAACCUGGAUAAAACUGGACUCGAGGAGGAAGAGGAGGAGGGAGAUGUAGUGAAUCAACUGUCGAUCAGUAGAUAUAUGAGGGUGCUCAGUGGGAGCUGGAAGAACUUAUUAAACUUGGGCGGCAUGUCAAGGCCGCCUAAGCCGGCAGCCACUGCAAAGAAAGUCGCACCUCCAGCGGUACCACAUGAAUUUCGGCACUCUGGAAGUUCCUUUGGUAGUGCGGGAUACGGCAGCUCCGAGGAUGGAAAUGGGGGAUUUUUGGCACCUACCGAUUCUGCAGGAGGACCUAGAGAUGACCACUCGGACUAUGGCAGUACGGUCAGCGGUAGUACAGGAAAAUCACCGGGUGCGAUAUUUCCUGCACCGGCUUUCACUUUUCCCGGACAACCGCCUCCUGGGGCGGUUCUUACUCAUAAAGCCGCCGUCUACUACCACCAUCAACUUAGUUUGCAAGAAGACCAAGGGAUUGACAUGACACAGUCGCCCGGCAGGGAUAGUCCGGGAUCUUCCAGUGGGAGCGCCGGAUCUGGAUCCAGACAUAGUACCGCCUCCUUGGAUAGCGGUAGGGCUUCUUAUCAUCCCUUAAGUACUGCGGGUAGGAGUACGAUAGGGUCUUCUAAUAGCCCCAGGUGUUCUCUGAGUUCGUGUUCGAUCGGAUCGGACCAAGGGAGAAUUGAGAGGAUGAUACACCAGGGAGUACCGGACCAAGAAAUAAUUCACUCGUGGCUGGUAGACCUUCAGUUCGAAGAAUACUUCCCCCUCUUCGUAUCCGCCGGCUACGACCUUCCAACCAUCGGCAGGAUGACUCCCGAAGAUCUCACCGCGGUGGGCAUCAAAAAACCCAACCACAGAAAAAAGCUGAAAGCUGAAAUCGCUCAGCUCAACCUGCCUGAUAACUUACCAGAGUUCAUACCGGGCUCCUUAGAAGAAUGGCUUAACAUCCUGAGACUGGACGAGUACCUGCCUGCCUUCAUUGAGCAGGGCUAUCAAACGAUCGAUGACGUCACACAGCUCACCUGGGAAGACCUGGAGGAAUUCGGGAUCGUGAAGCUGGGACAUCAGAAGAAAAUCAUGCUGGCCAUCAAGAGGAUCAAAGACGUUAAAGCGGGCAAGAGAAUUGGCGCUGACAGCGGCAGAAUUUACGCAACACAGGACGUGUUGGUGCACGUCCCCCCAUCCAUGGAUCCCUUGACGCCCUGCCCAAGUGUAGUAGGAGGAAUGUCCCCGCACCACAGCACGUUUCGGUCGUUCCACCAUCAUCCGGCAUCCCACCAUUGGGGUGAGAUGGAUCCUCUACACCAGAUGUCGGCGUCCGUAGGGCCCCUCUACCCUACUCACCACUCUAUGUACUGUACUGACGUUGUACCCAUUAAGAUUCGCACAGGUAGAGGUAAAUCUCUUGAAUCCCUUGAAGAUCCCAACGAGCGGACCCAUCAUACAUUUUCCGCGGAAAACACCCAGACGUUUUACUAUAAUCAACCCAUCGGGUGGCGCCCCAGAUCUUACGACGAUGGUGAUAUCACCCCGACCAACGAGACCAGUUUACUGUAUGAGGGAGGUGGCACACUACCAAGACCAAGAGGAAUUAUUAGACCCAGACCUAUUGCCAAAAUAACUGCUAAGGCACGCGAAACAUUCCCGGACUUCGAAAAGCCCCAAUUCCACCCGGAAAAGUACGGAAACCCCCAAUACAAAACGAUGCCGAACAGUUACAUCCAGUACGGCAGCCCAAUGAUGGGCAAAAAGAUCCCACCGAACCCACCGAAACGCCGUGACAGCGAGUGCACCGAGGAAACCACCACCGUGGAAAUCCACCACGUGCAAACCUCCAGUCCGCUCCCGUUGCCCGCUUACCCGAGCAGCGACAGCUUAAGUAUAUCGCUGGAUAGUAAUGGAGACUUACCAUUACCGCCACCACCGGCUCCUGGAACUCCACCGGGUGUGGUCAGUAGUCACUGCAAAUUAAAUUCGUCUCAGAGCUGGGGCGCAGAAGAGCAGGAGUUGAUUAAGACGUUGGCGUUGCAGCAUAGGAAUGGUUCUGAUGCUAGUUUUAAGUCAAGUUCAAGCACAGAAUCGGAUUCGCUGCCCUUCGCCAAUGAAAAUGCCGGAACGAUCAGGACGCGCGCAGGCGCCGCUAAUAGACAGGGAGAGUAUUCUGCGCCGAAGUCGAGACCGGCCGGACUUCCCACCCAUCCGUCCCCGACGCCCAAUCAGAGCCGAGGAGCUGCUGGAGUAAGCAAUGCGCCACGUGGCAGAUCUGAGCCUGCUGACGUCCUAAACGACAUCGGCAACAUGUUAGCGAACCUAACGGAUGAAUUGGAUGCCAUGCUAGAAGAAGAGAAACGGCAACAAUAGAGUAAGACUGAGUAGAGCAGGACAGAGACAACAGAGAUAACAGAAAAUUAGCGGAGGAAACCAAUAGUAGCGUCCGCUGAAUAUACAGGGUGUGCGUGUAGUUUAAAAUACAUGUGAUUUAGAUAGAUGAAAUCUUAGGUUACGUUGAGGUUAGGUUUGACGCGUGCGCGGUCAGGGUGCGUUCGUUUUGGCCCCAAGGGGAAAGUGCCAAUACAAUUUACAACCUUGAUCUAGUCAGACGAUGACGUUUUUUUGUUUUUUUUUUUGUGAAAUAAACUCGAAUCUAAGACAAGCACCCUGGGAGGCCCUUAUUUAGUAUACGGGGGUAUCUCUAUAAGGCCUUAUAUAGAGAAAAUUGAAAAUAAGUCUUGUGUACAGAGUGUUUUAGAAUGUUGAAUUACAGGGUGAUACAAUUUGGUAGUUUUGACACUCUGUAGGUUGAAAGUUGAAAGUUUUAGGACAUUAAAGCUUUCUUGCUUAAAAUCCCUAUUAGGGACUAAUAUUUUAUUCUAAAACAUCAUGUACACAGUUAAUAAUUGCCGUGCUAUAGGGUGUCAAAGUUGAAAUAAUGUAUUUUGGUGUUUUUAAGUAAAUCAUGACUUCAAAUGUUCAGAUACAGAUCAAGGGCAUGCUCAACUACCUGGAAUGAUUUAAAAAUUAUCUCCACUGCCUUUGAGGAGUCAGAAGAGAAUCCAAAUAACUGAUGGGGAUUAAGAAAAACAUAAGAAUUCAUUUAAGGGGUCUGGAAAUCCUCAAAAAUUGGCUUCAACUGCCUGUAAGAUGUAAGUCCAGAGUCUAUAUCGAAAAGAGAUCAAAGGCAUGCUUAACUGCCUAGACUGACUAAAAAAUUACCUUAGUUGCCUUUAAGGUAUCUGAGGGAGUAAAAGUAUCAAAAUCUUCAAAUUUGUUGAACUUUCAAAAAUCCAUUCAAAAAUUCUAGUGAAAUUGUUGUGAACAAUUUGACCAAACUUUUACAAAAACUUGUAAUAAUAUGUAAGCUUUGUAAUAAUACAUAAUAUGUUUGAGGUGGUCACUAUUGGGGUAUGCCUAGAAUAUAAAUGCAAAAAUAAUAAAAAAUUAUAUUUAAAGAAAAAACUACCAUUUUCGGUAUUUGUGGUAGUUUCAACAAUAUAUUUGAUCAUGCUCACAAGGAAUUAUUGGAGAAUUAAUGGCAUUUUAUUAGGACCAAUUACAUUUUUACAUUUAAAAUUCGACGUUUCGUUUUCCAGAAACCACCAUCAACUUAAUUUUUUUAGGUACUUCCCUGGAUUAUUUAUUAUAUUUUUUAUUUACUUCGCGGCCCAAUAAAUAUUGUAUUUCUAUCUGAUAAUAUCUAAAGAUAUAAAUCUGUAAGAUAAACUUAUAUUCAAUACCAUACAUGUUAUUGAAUAUAAGUUUAUCUCUGUCUUACUUAUAGCUCUUAUUAUUAGUGUUUUUUUGUUAAUUUUUAAAUUACUUCAAGGUCACUUAAAUUAUGACACAUAUUCACUUUCUAUAACUAUUAAAAUACCAUUCAAGAAAUGUUAAUUUUGCCAUAAAAAAUAACUUUAUUUCUGUCUCUUUUGCCGUUUUGCAGAAAAACCCCCCUUUGGGUCACCCCCAAAGUGUCAGUGACACUUUGUCUUUCUGAAAUUUUGAAAAUGUCUAUUUUCGGUGUUUUUGUGGUAGUUUUGAGAAACAAUUGAAACAACUUUUCAAACUCUUUAAGAAAACACUUCGACCGUAUAUUUUGUCAUCCUCAGGCUGUUCAAAACGACCAAUAAGACAUUUUUUUUUUUGCUAUUUUCUUCGAAUUAUUGUAUAAAAUAAGACGUUUAGACAAUAAAUUUGAUCAUCCUCAGAAAGAAUUAAUCAAGAAUGAUGGCAUUUUAUUACGACCAAUUCUCGUCUUUUACAAAAUGAUAUAGAGGAGAUCGGGACAGGUUGUAACAAAAAAAAACAUUCGAUUUUUCUUGGUUUAUGUGAUUUAAUUAAGCAGAAUUUUUUGCAUAAAUAUCCACUAUAUCCUGAAUAAAUUGGUGUAAUAUUUCUGACAAAAUCGUUAUACAUCAAACCUUCAAAUUUUUUUGUAAUAAUUCUGAAGCUUUUUUACAGUUUUCACCGUCUCAGGGUCAAAAUUAUCAUUAUAUAGAGUCAGUUGUAACAAAUAUUUUUCAAUGUUCUUAAAUAAUCACAAACAUAUAAAUAAAUAAAAAAAAUCAAAGAGUAUUCUGCUUUUAGUGUUUAAAAAUGUUGAACAUUUGGUAUUAGUAUUAGUAUUCAACUACUAUUCGCAAUCAGAAUUACCAUUAUGGCAGAUAUAUGGAAAACUUCCAUCUGUGCAAGCUUCAUGUGACCACUUUUUGCAUUCCCUGCAACGAAUUCACUUUUCUUUGGUCUUACUACUUCCAUAGGAUUGAGCCCAAACUAAGCAAAAAUUCUUUUCUUCUGAGGAAUCAUCUUAAACUAAAACAUUUUUCUUCACUUUUGAUUUUCUAGACUUCUGACUAUUUUCUUCUUCGAGCGUAUCAGUAAUAACGAUGAUUUCCUUUUUUUUCGAACCCUAAUGGUUGUCGUAGCUCAGUCUUAGAAAGUGGGAAAACAAACUCUGCGUAGGAUAUUGUUUUGCCUUAAGACGUUUUUGGGAAGUACUUAAAUGUUAAAGCACCUGGUUCUGGUUCACAAAUUUCAGAAUCAAAGGAGUUCUUUGACGUCGUAGCAACAAGUUCUAACUCAACAGUUUGAGACAAUGUAGAAGGUGCUGUUGGCAGUACAUUGCAGUUAGUAGUUGAUCUAUUGAGGGUAAAAGCUUGUCGUCGCCAAAAAGGUUCUAUGCCAGAAACCUUGAAACAAUUUAUUAUAUUUAUUGCGUGGUUGCUGAUGAUAGCUCAUCUCGAACUAAAGAUGGAAUGUCAUAGAUUUUCAUAGAUUCUUCAGGGUUGUUUCUAAGUUUAACUAUUCAACUGUUUUAAGCAAAAGAUAAAUAUUUUUUAAACUGUCUAUAUACAUUGCUGUCUAAUGGUUGAAAUCAUGAAUAUUCAAUAGCAAGAGGACUGAAUUUUCUUUCGAUGGCUUAACAUGAGUAACAAAUUGUUCCUCUUUGAUCGUCUGUAAUAAAGUGAUCAUGACAAGAAACAGGGAGGCGUGCUUUUUAUUGCACUCAUCAGAUCAUUAGAAAUUAUUCUACUCGCCUUCGUUCCUUUUUCGGCAAUAUUCUUGUUAACUCUACACUGUGGUCACUCCUGUCUCGUAGAGGUUCCAAAUUUGUGCUGCUGUGAAACUGUAUCGAUCUCUGACGCUAACUAAUUCAUCAAAAAAAAAUUAGAGACAAAAUAGAGACAGUUCUAAUAGAGAGUUCUUUAUUCUUUUUCGGAAUAUUGUGAGUUUAUGCUUCUCAGCUAUUUUGUUUUGUUUUUAGGAAUCAGGAUAUUUACGGCAAAAAUUUAUAAACUCUAUGAGCCAGGCCGAAGUAAAUUUUUGAAGCAUUUUUUAAGUAUUCAAGUAAGCUGACUGUUUUCUUUUUUAAUUGUUAGCUGAACAAACUUGACGAAGUCAUUGAUCCAUUGAAUGACAACAUUAGAAUACAUCUAUCCAUUUUCUUCAGUGAAGCCUACAAUCUCACCGGUGAAUUGUCUAUUACUUCAUGUUUUCUUCUAGGAAAUAUUAAUGCUGGCGACAUAAAAGUUUGGACAGCAUUUAUACAACACUGUUAGGUGUGAAUCACGUUCUGCGCUUGUCAAAACUCCUAGUUGUACUCUUUAUUUUAUAGCAAAGAUCUUACAGUUUUUCGCAGGGACAGUGGAUGAGUCUGAUUCAUUUAUAUUCCAUAUAUAGUUUGAUUUGAAAUUAUGCACUAUUACUACUUUAGUCAAUGCUUAAAGAUAUAUUCGAAUUUGUGCUUUAUUAAGGACAAGUGCACGAGCCGCUGACGUCGCUUCAGGUAGUCUAAGGGAAAUAGUCGGAUUUCUUUCCCUUAAUCCGUCUAUUUAGUUUCAAGCGCAAAUCUAUUAGGAAUCCUUUUUGCUUCUGCUAUGUAGUAAGCUACUUUCCUGACCUGCUUUCUAAACUUGUAAGGUGUUCAAUAACUUCCUGUUUCAAAUCUUGAUUAAACGUAACCUUAUAUCCACCCAUAUAACUGUUCUUGAUAUAUUUGGCUUAAAAGCACGACUUCCAAGUGUCGUAAAUUGACCAUUAAAGGUUUUAAAGGCCAAAAGCCAACCCAUUCUAUUUUCUUGGACUGCUAUUAUUCAAUUUCCUAAAUAAAUCUUAGAACUGCAGCAACCAAACACUAAAACUAGCUAUUACUGAACGUACUUGUCUAAAUAAAUUCAUCUACGUACCUUACGGUCUUUCAGUUUUUUGCUUAGAGGCCUUUCUAUGAUCCAAAGAAAAAUUGAGAAUGUAGGAAAAAAUGCAUUUUUUCCAGGCUCUCCGAGACAAAUCUCUCUCUCUCGCUCUCUGAUAAUGUUGAAGUCACUAUUCCCGUCUUUUAGGAAGUUGAACAGAUUUUCUGUCCUUCCACGCUUUCUCUUCAAUUCUUCUGAGGAUGUUACAGCUAAGGAUAUUGGAGUCACUUUCUCCUUCUUCCAGGAACGUAAAGCGUCAUUAUUUGUUUCUCUCAAGCACUUAGACAGUUAUUUCGUCCUUGUUUCAAUUAAUUGAGGUAUCAUUUUUCCCUCUUCUGGGCUCUCUUUGUCUUUCUUCCUCGUUCAUUCUUUUUAAUUCUUCCGAGGAGGCUGCAGUCACUCUUCAAUAAAAAAUUGUUUCUGUCCUUCUUGUUUGGUCAAAUGCAGAAUGCAAUUGCAGUAUGUCGCCUCAGCCAUACUUCCCCUUCUUAAAAUUUUCUCUUCCAGGCUUUCUUUGUCUCUCUCUCUCUUCAACUCUUCUGCUAAUAUUGGAGUCACUCUUCCAACUUUCAAGGAAGUUGAAAAGUCCUUUCUGUUCUUCGACGCCGUUAAAUAGUCAUUCUCCCUUUCUCUCGGGUACUUAAACAAACAGUUUGUCCUUCUUCUAGGUAGUUGAGCAAUAAUUUUUUCCUCUUCCGGGCUCUCUUUGUCUGUCUCAUUUUUCAAGUUCUUCUAAGGUUGUACCACUCUUUCCUUAUUCCAGGCAAUAGAAUAGUGUGUCUGCCUUUUUGUUCUUUUAAAUGCAGAAUGUAGUUGGAGUAUGUCGUCUUAGGCAUACUUCUUCCUCUACUUGAAAUUUCUCUUUCAGACUCUCUUUGCCUCUCUUUUCAAUUUUUCUGAUAAUUUUGGAAUAACCCUUCCCGUCUUCCAGGAAAUUGAAAAGCCUUUAUGUCCUUCUGUGCUAUUGAAAAGUCAUUAUGUCUUUCUCUCAGGCACUUAAACAGUCAGUUUGUCACUUUCCCUCUUUGAUUCUUCUGAGGAUGUUACAGCUAAGGACAGGCAGUAACUCUUUUUUUCUUCCAGGAAAUUGAAGAGGCGUUAAGUAUUUCUUUCAAGAACUUUUGACUGUUUUGUCCUUGUUCCAAGCAGUUGAGGAAUCAUUUUUUCCCUUCUCUUUGUAUCUUCUUUAAUUAUUCUGAGGACGUUGCUGUCACUCUUUCCUUAUUCCAGGCAAUAGAAGAGUAUUUCUUGAGUCCUUUCUGUUCUUUCAAAUGCAGAAUACAAUUGCAGUAUGGUUUGUAAAUUAAACUCGGCAUUUCAAUAGAAUCAUUUAUUAAAUUAAAGAUAUAACUGUCUACUAAACGUUAUACACCUGCUUACAAGAGCACCUUAUGGCUAGAAGUACGUAACUUAACAGUUUUCUUAACCUAAUCUAAUAUAGUUGACAGUUCCCACCAUCCAUUAAACUAGAGUCUAAUUUAGCUCUUUCGUUUUGUCUCGAUAGUGUGAACUGCCUACAUGUGCAGAUGAAGUGUUUUGUAUUAUAUUUUAACUGAGGCAUUCUCCCCCUUCUUGAAAUGACCUUCAAAAACAAUUUAAGUGUCAAGAUCAAACGGGUUUAACCCUCUUUGUAUCUGUCACUUUUUCUUUAAAAUCUUUUGCAUAUGAUUCUAAAAUUCUAAAUAAUCUCUAUGUUAGACAGAGAUAAAUCUAUGGCGAAAAUAUUGUGCGAGACAGAUAUGGAUAGAUCUGUAUUUUAAAUUAAGUAAUUUUUUAAAAUAUUUUAUGAUGUUUAAGGUCACAAAAAAGUGAAACCAACAAACCAGGGACGUAUUUAAGAAAAAAAAAAGGUAAAUGAUGGUUUCUAGAGGACGAAACAUCGGGUUUUAAAUUUGUCCACACCCUGUAACCGUAAUUUUUUUCAACUUUCACAACCUGUAUAUCGAUUAUGAUUGAUUCAGGACUUUUUAGAGACACCCUGUAAGAUUUGGGCCUCGGUAGGUGGGAACCACCACAGAUCAAAUUAUAUUUCUGUAUACUGGUUUCGCCGUAAUAUGUAAAUAAGAGUCAUUUAGUGUAAAUAUUUGAUGGGAUUUUUUGCUACAUUUUUCGAAUAUAAACUUUAUAUAUAUAACUUAAUAGGGCGAUAUACGGGGUGAUUCGAACGUAAGCGCCGCAUAAAAAUAAGACCCAUUCUAACAUUCACUUUUUUUCAUUAUUAUGUUUGCUUUUGAAUCACCCCCUUAUAUUGACUGCGUUUACACCAUUUUAAUUCAACAGAUGUCCACAAAACACCUAAAAUAAUAUAUUUUGUAUAUAAAAUUAACUAAACGGUAUAGUGUAGGAGUAAAUUUGUACAAAGUCAGUUUUUUAGUAUACGGACGCUAUAGGAUGACUAUUUAUAGACGUAAUAAACUAGUUUGGUGUUUUUAUUACCUUUACACCGUGACAUAUGUUAAACUUUGUAAUGACCCAGACGCACUUUCCCGCCUAAAAAAGUGGUUUUUGGGUGGUGAAAACUCGGUAGAAAACGUCUCACUUUUAUUUUCCUAAAGAAAGCAAGAGUUUUUCCAAAAGACUGGUAGAAAUUUACUGGGAGUGACUCACCGGGCUCGGGGACCUCCGGUUGUUUUGGUGUGCCAUAAUUGUCCAAACAUUCGAAUGUGCUCGCCAUCGUUUGGCGAACUUCCCCGGAGAUCUUCGGGCUUAUAUAAGAAAAGAAAACGCUCCGUAAUUAAUUUAGGAGGAAACUAACGUGCGAUGAUUGUGUUUUGUUUAAUAAUUUCUGUUGAAAGGUUUAUAAGCUACUUAAUAUUUUAUAUUCGCCAACUAUAAUAAUUAUUAUUAUUAUUAUUAUUAUUAUAUUUAUAAUUAGCGGUUUUAAUGAUUAACCUAAUUGAAAUAUAAUUAUUAUAGAUGUUAAAAAGCCUGGGAUUAUUCCAGGUGGAUUAUUGUCGAUUUAACAUGAUGAAUUUUCGAUUUUUUAUUUUAUUUUAUUUUUUUGCUCCUAUUUUAUUGUUAAAUAUUUAGAUUAAUAAAGUACAUUGUAUAAAAAGAAA